AUGGUUAAUGAAAGGUUUCAUUCACUAGAGGAGGAAGAGGUCAGUAUGGCCACCACUCAAUCCUCAGCUCCCAGUCCUGCGGACGACAAGCCACAAAACCCGGGGCUUGCUCAACCUACAAUUGAGGGUCAGCAAGAUGCUGGGGCUGAGCCCCCUAAACAAACUUCUACACCAUCUGUCUUUGUGAACUCUGAACCAAUGAGAGAGGAACAAGUACAAAAUGCGGUGAAAUUCCUUUCACACCCGAAAGUUAAGGGAUCUCCAGUCAUGUACAGACGGUCUUUUCUUGAGAAGAAGGGCCUCACAAAGGAAGAGAUUGAUGAAGCAUUUCGACGUGAGCCUGACCCAUCUUCAAGUGCGCAGGCAACUGCAAAUCAAGAUGGACAAGUAAAGACAUCAUCAAAUGUUCAGGCACAAAGUGCCACUCAAACUCUGCAGCCCGCAGCUGCAGCUCCAACUAACGCCAUUUCCUCUGUGCGUACCUUAACUGGGUAUAGAUUCCACUGGUCUCAUGCCAUUGUUGCUGUAGGAUUACUGGCAGUUUCUGGUGCUGGAACAGCUAUAUUACUUAAGAAAUCUAUUAUCCCUAGGUUGAAGGCUUGGGUACGCAAGGUUGUAUUGGAAGAUGAAAACGACAUUGAGAAGAAAACCGACCUGAAACCAAGUUUGGCAGAAGAAGCUGCGGCAGCUGCUAAAGCUGCUGCAGCUGCAGCAGCAGAUGUGGCAAAAGCAAGCCAGGAGAUGCUGAACUCUAAGACCGAAGAGAGGAGAUACUUUGUGGAACUCAUGAGUUUGUUAGAUGUUCAAGUGCAAGAAAUGAAGUCAAUGAAUAAUUCCAUUCGGAAAUUGGAAGGAGAAACAAAGGCCUCAAGAACCUCUCUUGUUGAUCAUGAGGAUAAUCGCUACAAUAGCACAAAUUCAAAGCAACAAUAUGCGAAUGGCAAGGCAGAGUAUGACGUGCGAUCAGUGCAAUCUUCCUCAGCUCCUCCAUCUGUGGAACCAUCAGCUGCGCCUCACCCAAAGUCUUAUAUGGAUAUCAUGGCCAUGGUUCAAAGAGGGGAGAAACCUCCUAAUGUCAAAGACAUUGAUGAUUUACCCCCCAACCCUAAUCAGCAACUAUCAAAUCCUCGCUUGGCACCUAGAGCUAAGCCUUGGGAGGUUGGUCAGGCCCAAAACAACUCGAGCCAAGUAUUUCAGUCUCAAGUAAGCAGUGAAGGCUUGAAUUCCAGCAUUCAGGACAGUGGGCUCGAUUAUCAGUCAAACGGUGAUGGUACAGUGCCUUGGUGGCAGCGGAAAAAUGCUAGAAUCACUGAGAUAGAAAAUGAAGUCAAUGCAGGGUCUUUUGGUGCACGAACUAGUGAGCUUCCAGUUCAGCCAGUUCAGCGUACAUGGGUUCCUCCCCAGCCACCCCCGGUUGCAAUGGCAGCGGCAGCUGAAGCCAUCCGACGGCCAAAACCACCAGUGCAGAAAGAACAGCUGGGUAACGAUCUGCCUAUUACACAUCCAUCAGAUGUGAGUGAUGAGUUGCAGAGGAUAACCAAAAUAUCUGAAUCUGGAGGUGCGUUGGAGCUAAGUAACGGAAGCCCACCGUUGGGAUCUCCUGAAAUACAAGAGGAAUACAGCUUGUGA